CUAAAGAGCAUUUGUCUGUCAACAUCUCACUUUAAUUCUAGUCUUUUAAGGUACCAGAAGGCAGGCAAAACUCACCAGCCAGCAGUCAUGGAAGAUCAGGUCUUUACCAAUGUUUAUCAAAAUGUUAACACCACCAAUAUCUAUGGGAUUCCAGACUCUGAGGACAAAGGGGAUAAUCUUUAUGAUCAUGUCCAUGAAGAUCCAGCAUCUCCUUCAAUCACUACUAUCCCAGAGAACAUGGAUAGUAGUCAAGAGAGCUCAGAAAGUAGCUGUAGUAAUUCUGUGGCCUCUCAGCAUGGGGCUGAUGGGGAGGAUGGUGGUUCUUCAUCUCACCAUGGUGCUGAAGAAGACCACCCGUACCAGGAGAUGGAUCUGAUGAGCCCAACUCUAGAAGAUAAACAUGUAGAGGGCAUGAUGUUUGAGAGCAACGUGCAUUUUCCUCCGGAUUUCCAGUUGCGUCGGAGCCAGAGCACUUCUUCCAACUCUUCAACUUCCCUCAAGUUCCCCCUUAACAAUAACUUUGGAGAAACUGACAACUUUCAGGAAGAUCAUGAGAUUUUCAUGUUUGUAAAGGCCGGUAUAGAUGGAGAAAGCAUUGGGAACUGCCCAUUCUCCCAGCGUCUCUUCAUGAUCCUGUGGCUCAAAGGAGUUGUGUUCAACGUCACCACUGUUGACCUGAAGCGAAAGCCGGCUGACCUACACAAUCUGGCUCCUGGGACCCACCCACCUUUCUUGACUUUUAACGGAGAAGUCAAGACAGAUGUUAACAAGAUUGAGGAAUUCUUGGAAGAGACUCUUGCACCUCCAAAGUACCCCAAGCUGGCUGCUAAGCACCGGGAAUCAAACACUGCUGGAAUCGAUAUCUUCUCCAAAUUUUCUGCAUACAUCAAAAAUACCAAGCAGCAGGAUAAUGCUGCCCUUGAAAGAGGCUUGGUGAAGGCUCUGAAGAAGCUGGAUGACUAUCUGAGAACCCCUCUGCCAGAGGAGAUUGAUGCAGACAGCACUGAAGAGGAGAAAGUGUCUAAACGCAAGUUUCUGGAUGGAGAUGACCUGACUCUUGCCGACUGCAACCUUCUGCCCAAGCUCCAUGUUGUCAAGAUUGUCGCAAAGAAAUACCGCAACUUUGAGUUCCCGACAGAGAUGACGGGGCUGUGGCGGUACCUCAAGAACGCGUAUGCCAGGGAUGAAUUCACCAACACCUGUGCGGCAGACAAAGAAAUUGAGCAAGCCUACGCAGACGUGGCCAAGCGGCUCAGCAAGUCCUAACUGACCGCAGAGGUGGCUCAGUAUCCCCUUUCACAGACUCUUCUCCUUGUUGCCUUAAGAUAUAAUUUAUCAUUGUGCUAUCUGGUUGGCAUCCCUAUGACUGCACCUGUUCAAGUGUAUUGGUCAGGGACGAAUCUGCUUCUCCCUGGAGAAAAGAGAAGGCAGCUCUGGUGUGGAGGGUGGAGACCCUUUGAAAUCUGAACCUAAGAUCUAGCUGAACUAGUAUUAUUCGCAAUCAGUAUUGGAAAUAAAUCUACUUUACUAGUUUCUUGUAUCAUCUUGGGGGUAUAUCACCACCUGUAUUCUUUGGAGUUUUAAAAAUAGGAUAUUAGCUGAAAUGUCAAAUAAGAGAGUUAGGUUCUUCUGUAGGUUUUUUCAAGGAUGCUUUUCCCCCCAGUGAUAUUGAGAUCCUUAAGGCAGGAGCAAAAUAUGACAGAGAGAGAGAGAGAGGGG